AUGGAAGUCGAUCUUGUCAAUUAUGAGAAUUCGUCCGGUGGAUACCCAGAUACCCAUCCAACUGGAACUAUGGAACACUGGAAUUCCGAUGAACUGACCGCUACUGAAGGUGUAGAGACUUCAUUUCCUAAAGCAGAUCAUAUAAUGAAACAUGAUUUGCCAUAUCAUUGUGCCUUCGAUAAGAAAGCCACCAUGGUCAUCUCGCCAAGGCAUACGAACAUAUAUGCUAGUCCAACGGAUACGGAUACAUAUAUAUCCCCUCAAAAUGCGUCACCUGAGUCACUGUCAUCUCACCCGGAUCUCGGCAAGAGGGAAGAGUUUGUAUCUUCUGAUAUACCUGUAGACGAUGAAUUUACUAGCCCUAUAAAUGAUGAUACUUGGCCAGUCGCAAGUCACCGUGAAGCCAGGCCUUCUGAAUUCACUUCAACUGAUAACAAUAUGAGGCCUACUGACCGUAUUCCUGGAAUUGACGAUUAUAAUAGGACUCCAGAGAUUCGUUCGUUCUACGAAAAUACAAAUACAUACACACACGAAGCGUCUACAUCGAAUCAAAAUUUUGUGGAUGUCAACAUUUCUUUACAUAUCAACCCUGGUUUUAGGAAAACCAGCACGUACAAUAGGUCCCCUGUAGAUAAAUAUUAUCGCAGCCAUAGAUCAAAGUCUACUAACCUUGAUCCGUUUAUUCGCCGCACAUUUCCUUCUCAUGUAAUAGAGCCAUCUGCAGUUCAAGGGUUGAGCUCAGACCACAUUUUCCUUCGGACACAUUUUCGCAUUGGUGAAGCCCUUGCUUUCCAUAAUACCCCGGUUAUCAGAAAUGAGAAGUCUCUUCCAAGAACUACCUUGGUGGAGCUUUAUGCAUUUGUGACCGAAUCUUACCGCAGCGGACCUAUCCAAAAAUUUACCUUCUCGGAUAUAUUCUUCCCUGCAUAUCCUCCUCAACUAGUGGGAGAAUGGAGCGGAUGGCAACAUAGUAGCUAUCUCAGCCAAGUGGGUAGAUACUUUUUGACUAACUGCGAGACUAGCCGCAUUCAUGUCCAUGGCGGAAAUUUUAAUUCUAUACAGGGUAUCCCGAGCCACAGAGCGGAGUCGCCCAAAAUGUGUAGAGUUGUCGGCAUCCUCUUGCAAGAAAAUAGCUCACAUUUCAGAAUUAAGCCUCCUAGACAACACUUCUCAAACCACCAACUAGGAGACAAAAAGCUAAGGAUACUACGUAUUCAGAAGGCCGAUUGGUCAGACAUCCAGAUGAUGAAAAAAGCUCUGAAUAUCUAA